AUGACGUCCGAAACUUACAAAGCUGCUGUUCUCACUUCACCACAGGAACAUGACGCAAAACCCACGUUUGCUAUCAAGAACCUUCCACGGCCAGUGCCUGGCCCAAAUGAAGUUCUCAUCCGCCUCUCACUUACAAGCCUUUGUGGUUCUGACCUAGGAAUGGCAUUGGGUCACAUGGGGCCGGUGGGAAAUAUCCUCGGACACGAGGGAGUUGGCAAAAUCGCAGAGCUCGGCUCGAAUAUUGCUCACUUAGACCCCAGCGUUCAGAUCGGCCAGCGUGUAGGCGUGGCAUGGACGCGAGAUAUCUGCGGAAGCUGCAAUAUGUGCGUUGAUCUUGCGAAUGAGGGCGAGACACGCUGUGCGCAGGCGAUGCAUUCUGGAAAAACCUACGAAGGUACUUUUGCAGAGUAUACUCUCGUUCCGUUGAGAUAUCUGGCUCGAAUUCCUGCUACCUUUGACGACAUCCCUGACGAAGAGAUUGCGCCUAUUCUUUGCGGCGGAGUCACAGCUUAUAAGGCUAUCAAAGGGUGCAACAUUACGCCAGGCCAAUGGGUAGUCAUCUCCGGCGCAGGAGGAGGUGUCGGCGCCUUAGGAGUUGCGUACGCCCAUGCCAUGGGCUACCGGGUGAUCGCCGUUGACGCAGGCGCCUCCAAAGAGGCUUACUGCAAGUCUCAAGGCGCCGAGCAUUACAUAGAUGUCACUUCAGGAGAAGACGCAGGACAGCAGGUGAAGAACUUGACCGACGGCCAAGGAGCAAAGGCUGUUGUAGUCACAGCGACUGCUGCCGCCGCUUAUCAGAAAGCGUUUGAUAUGCUAGGCCCUUUUGGCACGUUGAUGUGUGUUUCCAUACUGCCAGAGGAGGCCAAGAUUUUGUUCCACCCGCUCUGGUUUAUCGACAAUGGUUGGACUGUGAAGGGGUCAUCUGUGGGUACGAGAGCUGAUAUCCUCGAAGCUCUGCAAUUUGUCAAGAGGGGACUCGUGACUCCCAAGAUCAAGUGGGCCGAGCUUGAAGAUAUUGAGAAUUUGAUGGACAAGAUGUCUAAGGGACAGCUGGAGGGAAAGUAUGUCAUGAAGUUGUGA